AUGACAACUGUUGAGAGAUACCGACCUCCGCGCAUCGAUUUCGCCUCAGAUGCGCCCUCAAAUGCUCGACGAUCCCAUUCCGCCUUCUCAACCAUAACAAACAUUCCACCAGCAGUACCAUCACCACCACAACUAUCGAGAAACUCUCCUCCUCGAGAACCCCACCCCCAGGCGGAAUCCUCUCCUACAGUGAAGAUGGCGUCGGAGGAUUCGAGCCAAUGGAUCUUCACAGAAGCCGAAAUUUCAAGCUCACCGUCCAUCGCCCAUGGCAUCCCACCCAAGGAUGAGCGCUGCUUGAGGGCAAAGGGCGCGAAUUUCAUACUUCAGGCGGGCAUAUUACUCAAGCUUCCGCAGCUGACAAUUGCCACGGCCAGCAUUUUCUUCCAGCGUUUUUAUAUGCGUGCCAGCAUGGACCAGUCCAAAGUCGGCGGCAUUCACCAUUAUGUACGUUCUUCCCAGACGCAGACCCCCUCUACAUUAGCUGGCCCUCCGUCGAAGCUUCCUCGCUCUAAAUCGCAUGCAAAUCUUAUGGUCAAGGAUCCUCAGGCUAAUUAUGAAUCAAUGGAACAGACUAUUGCAGGGACUGCCCUAUUCCUAGCUACGAAAACCGAAGAAAAUUGCCGGAAGACAAAAGAGGUGGUUAUUGCAUGCGCAAAAGUCGCACAGAAGAACUCGAAUCUAGUUAUCGAUGAGCAGUCGAAAGAAUACUGGCGAUGGCGAGACAAUAUUCUACUCUUUGAGGAGCAGAUGUUGGAGUUCCUCACAUUUGAUGUCGUUUUGAAAUCACCUCACAACAUACUCUACGAAAUACUAAACAAGCUUCACAUCGAAGAGAAUAGAAAAUUACGGAAUGCGGCAUGGGCAUUCCUCAAUGAUGGAUGUCUUACGACGUUGUAUCUGCAAGUACCCUCCAGAGAUUGUGCUAUUGCUGCUGUAUACUUCGCAGCGGGGUUUACUGGGGAGACAAUACCGGAUGAUGAGAAUGGAAACCCAUGGUGGGAGCGAGUUGGUGGGCGACCAGACAAGAUCACAACAGCGACAGGAAUCAUGUUCGAAUUCUGGACUGAGAAUCCUCUACAGAGAUCUGAGAAUCCGUAUGAGCAAUCUCCAUUUACUUUUGUCAGUGAGGAAGAUCUCCACAGAAGUCGCAGAAGGGCAUCUUUGAGGGCCGAUGCUGGAAGCAACGAGGAUACUCCAAGCCCAGGGCAAUCACAGCCAAUGCAGAAUGGCCACAGUCAACAGAGCCAAGCAAGCACAGCACCGGCUGUCAACGGUAAUGGAGCUGUAGCUCCCAACGACAAACUACUUUCACCUAGACUAAACGCCGAGACUUCGGUGAAUGGUUCAUCGGAUACUGCGCUCAAAGAAGCGGCGAAUGAUCCGGCCACGCACUUGUCCACUGGAGGCUCGGCUAUUUCAGCAGCUGGUCCUCUUGGCGAAGCCCCAAAACCAAGUCCGAAGCGUAAGAGCCCAGGGGAUGGAGAUAGGGAGGAACCCCCUUCCAAGAGAUCCAAGAAGAUUUCAGACAGCUCGGAGGAGUCUGCAAAGACGCUAAGAUCGCAGAAUACUUCAGACAACUCAGAGGAGUCCGCAAAGACAUUAGUGGCUUCGGAAACGAACGAAGCAGCAAAUUUGGAUGCAUCGGGGCCCGUUGUAGAAGCUGAUGCUCCAAAAGAGCCUGUUGCUACGACUGAAGAGAGUGAGGAGGGCGAGCUGGAGGAGUGA